CCACACAGGCGUUUUUACAACAUAUUCACUAACAUUUAAAGAUGUAUUUAUGACUUUGGUAAUAUUCGUAUGUUACCCUGCCUGUGAGAGGUUUUAAAUGUUUCGUAGCAGCACAGAGGAGGUGGGUGACACCUCAGAGUGUGGACAAACUUGGGGAGUGUCCCCUAUGGACAGGAGCGGACUAAUUGAAACGACCUCAUACGGUCCAGCAUCAGCUUCCUCCGGUUCAUCCCACCAAAGUUUAGAUGAAGGCAGUACGAGCUCCAGCCAUGGUCCAUCACUCCCCCGUGUGGCCUCAGGUCAGUUCCCUCAUAGCGUCAGGUUAGCCAGGACCAGUUCAUCACUACUUGCAUCCACCUCGGACAGCUCCCUCCAUAGACGUGGAGGAACACCGAAACUCAGAAGGACCCCAGGGUCUGCUGGGGUCAUUGGCACACACCCAGCACGCACACCAUUGAGUGAUCCCACCGGAACAAGUUGCUCCUCUGCAGCCACAACCUCUGGUGCCUCUGUGAUUGUAGCAGUGGUUGAGGGGCGCGGUUUGGCCAGGGGAGAGAUUGGCAUGGCAAGUCUCAACUUGAAAUGUCCAGAGCUUAUACUCUCUCAGUUUGCAGACACUGGGACGUAUGCCAAGGUCAUAACCAAGAUUCACAUCUUGGUGCCACUGGAAAUACUGAUGCCAGACACAGCCAGUGAGAAGGGGAAAGGGACAAAGCUGUUCAACCUCAUCACAGAGAACUUCCCGGGAGUAGCUUUUACUGCUAUCCAAAGGAAGUAUUUUAAUGAAAGGAAAGGACUGGAGUACAUUCAGCAGCUGUGUGCGUCAGAAUUUGGCACUGUCCUCAUGGAAGUGCAAGCUAAGUAUUACUGCCUGGCAGCAGCAGCAGCUUUGCUGAAAUACUUAGAGUUCAUCCAGAACUCCGUCUACGCUGCCAAGUCUCUUAAAGUGAGCUUUAAAGGGAGCGAACAGACAGCGAUGAUUGACUCAGCAUCUGCCGCUAACUUGGAGUUGGUGGUCAAUAAUAGAGACCACAGGAGUGAGCAUACUCUUUUAGGAGUGCUUAACCACACCAAAACACCUGGUGGUGCUAGAAGGUUGCGCUCGAAUAUUCUGGAGCCUCUGGUUGAUGUGGACACCAUCAACAUACGCUUGGACAGCAUACAAGAGUUGCUGCAGGACGAGGAGCUCUUCUUUGGCCUGAAAAAUGCCAUAGGUCAUUUCCUCGACAUUGACCAGCUGCUCUCUGUUCUCGUUCAAAUCCCAAAGCAGGAAACAGUUCAGGUUGCUGAAGCAAAAAUUACUCACGUCAUUCAACUGAAACACACAUUGGACCUGGUGCCACGGAUAAGGAUGGUGUUGAAGAACUGCAACACAGCUCUGCUAAAGGCAUACAGCGCCUCACUGGAAGACAACAGGUUUGACAUGAUCCUAGAGCAGAUCAAGACAGUGAUUAAUGAUGACACUACCUACCUGAAGGGGAGCCUGAACAUGCGCACCCAGAAGUGUUAUGCAGUCCGCCCCAACAUCAACGAGUUCCUCGACAUUGCACGCAGAGCCUACACUGAGAUAGUGGAUGACAUUGCAGGGUUAGUGACCCAGAUCGGGGAGAAAUAUGGUUUGCCAAUGCGCACCAGCUUCAGCACAGCUCGAGGUUUCUUCAUCCAGAUGAAGCUUGAAGGAGUGCUCUUGCCUGAAGGGAAACUCCCCUCUGAGUUCAUCAAGGUAACCAGGCACAAAAACAACUACAGCUUCACUAUUGCAGACCUGGUGAAGAUGAAUGACCGCUGUGACGAGGCCCUGAGGGAGAUCUUUCACAUGUCCUAUGUGGUGAUAUGUCAACUGCUCAGCACUAUACACGAGCACAUCCACUGCCUUUACAAGCUCUCUGAUGCCGUAUCCAUGCUGGACAUGCUGCUGUCACUGGCCAAUGCAUGCACCAUCUCAGACUAUGUGCGCCCAGAGUUCACAGACACGCUGGCCAUCAAGCAGGGUCGUCACCCCAUGCUGGAGCGGAUGGUUGGACAGCAGCCUGUAUCGAACAAUAGCUACAUCUCCGAGGGCAGCAACUUUGUCAUCAUCACUGGACCCAACAUGAGCGGCAAAUCCACCUACCUCAAACAGGUGGCGCUGUGUCAGAUCAUGGCGCAGAUAGGCUCUUUUGUCCCUGCUGAGUAUGCCUCUUUCCGUGUUGCCGAUCAGAUUUUCACCAGAAUAGGUGUGGAUGAUGAUUUUGAAACUAACUCUUCCACCUUCAUGUUGGAAAUGAAGGAGAUCUCUUACAUAAUCCACAACGUAAGUGACAGGUCCCUGAUCAUCAUAGAUGAGCUGGGGCGUGGCACCAGCGCUGAGGAGGGCAUCGGCAUCUGCCACUCAGUUUGCGAGUUCCUCCUUAGCCUCAAGGCGUUCACCCUGUUUGCCACGCACUUUCUUCAGCUGUGCCAGCUAGAGUCACUUUAUCCCAAUGUGGAGAACCAGCACAUGGAGGUCCAGCGGACACGCAGUAGUGACACCGGUGCAGAAAGUGUGGUGUACACAUACUUGCUGAAUCGAGGAUGCUCUGAAGAAAGAAAUUAUGGUCUGAGAGCAGCAGAAAUGACAGCACUUCCUUCAAGCAUAAUCCAAGAGGCAAAGAUAAUUGCCUCCAGAGUUAGCCAGCAGCUUUUGGCCAAACAUCACAGUGAUCCGGAAACACAGAGGCAGAGAGCUGUGUACCACCUGGCCACCCGCCUCCUGCAGACUGCCAGGAACUCCAGACUGGACCCCGACAGCCUGCGUAUGUAUCUGAAGGGCCUGAAGAAGCAGUAUGAGGCCGAGCUGCAGGGAGCAGGGCAGCCAGCAUCCAUUGACGCAGAGGAGGAAUGACUGAUUGAGCCUGAGGCGGUGAUAACACUGACAGAAUGAAAGAUCAGUGUCUGGGAAUCAUCAGUGGGCAUGUUGUGUUUGGAGUGACGUGUCUGAUAUUAAAUUGUUUUAUUUUGAUACCUUUUUUAGGCUAUUCUAUUAAAAUAUCAUCAUAAUGUUCUUUUUGAAAAUGUCAUGUAAAAUAUUGCUGAAGAAAUCUGUCCUGUGGAAGUGUGGCUAGGUCACAAGAUACCACAGAUAUAUUAAUUUGCAAUAAAAGAAGUGUGGGUAGUUUAUAAGAUACCACAGAUAUAUGAA